AUGAAGGACUUCGGAGGCGUGAGCCAAGAUGCCUGGACUCAGACUAGCAAGAAGAAUUCGUCGUCGGCAGAGGCUAGCAGUGACCUUGAAGCCGCCAUAUUCAUCGCCGAGCCGGCGCUCAAGCGCUCCGAACCCCCGCGCCACAUGCGCCUCGUCCCCGUCACCGGCAGCGAAACGACCUCCUCCGACCCCGACAUGGUCGGCUGGAAUGGCCUCCCUGCCGAGCUCAAAGCCUUGACCCUCAGCUUUGCCAUCGCCGCGGCGCAGCAGAAACCCAAGGCCCACCACCUCGCCUCCUACGCCGUCGUCUGCAGAGACUGGCAGGACGCCGUCGAGCCCGCCAACUUUGCCUCGCUGCGCGUCACCGCCGCCGACCUCGCCGAUUUCGUCAGCCUCGUCGUCGGCCCGCGUCGGCGAUACUUGAAGCACCUGCUGCUGGGCAUCGAGCUGCCCAAGUACAACAAGAAAAAGGCCAGGGUGCCCGAGACGGAUGACGAGCAGACCGACAACGACAUUGCCUUCAGCACCACCAUCCUCGGCCUGUUUCACGAACUCGCCGCCUGGAAGGUCGACGAGACCCAUGGGCUCGAGGUCGAGCUGUGCGCGCGCUCGCCCAGCGACACGCUCGCCAUGUCGGGCGCCGCCGGCAUCACAGAGGAGGGCGAGUCGCGCUACUUUGACUCGCACCUCGACUUCUCCUUCAUCGACACGGGCUGGAUGGGCCAGCACGGCCUGCCGAGCGUCGACGUCAUCACCAAGCUCUCCAUCCUCCGCCGCUGCUGGCGCAACAUUGACUCCAUGGCCGUGCUCACCCUCGUGUCGAGCCUGCCUCGCCUGGCCGAGGUGCGCUAUGAGCCGUUUCAGCAGUUUGACGACGGCGCGCAAGAGGUCAUUGACAUGGAUCGCGCGAGGUUUCUCCCCUUUUGGCCCGAAACGAUCCGCCGCCUGAGCCUGUUCGAGCACUUUGACCACCCAGAAGACGAGCCCCAGCAACGCCUCGUCCUACACCCGGACGGUACGCCCAUCCUCGACGACGACGACGGCUUCGAGGACGAGGAUGACCUCGACCUCGCCGGCGGCGGCGGCAACGCAGACGACGCCGCGAGCCAGCACGACUCGGCCGACGAGGGCGAGCCGCGCACGUGCGCCGCCCUCGCCAUCACCAUCGCCCGCCGCAGCCUCCAGCUCGAGGAGCUCGCCGUGUCCUUCAUGGCCGACGCGCGCCACUUCUUUCCAGCCCUUCUUCGAGGUCCGCGCCGCGCGCACGCCCGAGCUCCUCCCCCAGGGGCCCCCGCCUCCGGUGGGUUCUAUAGUUCGGAUCGGCGUAACGAGGGGAGAAGGAACUAUAUGAACAAGUUAAAGGCUUUCUUUCUUGGGCGGCCGCCCGGCCCCGCCAUUUAG